GCUUCUCUGUUCUCUCUCUGAGGCCAUGAUAUUAAUGAGUUGUCUCUCUGCCUUUGCAGUUUGUAAUCAUCUCUGGAUUCUCGUUACAACCAAUAUUACUUCUCUGAGAUCUAUCUCCUGUGUUUAAGAUCCGUCAGUGAUGGCGAAUCUAGUCCCUGGUGUAUUACUCAAGCUUCUCCAGCACAUGAACACCGACGUCAAAAUCGCUGGAGAACACAGGUCUUCUCUCUUACAAGUCAUUAGUAUAGUCCCUGCUCUAGCUGGAGGAGAGCUUUUCCAUAACCAAGGCUUUUAUCUCAAAGUCUCUGAUUCAUCUCACGCCACUUAUGUCUCUCUCCCUGAUGAGCAAGAUGAUUUGAUUCUCAGUGAUAAGCUCCAGCUAGGUCAGUUUAUUCAUGUUGAUAGAGUUGAGUCUUCUUCCCCUGUACCGAUUCUUUGUGGUGUUAGGCCUGUUCCCGGUAGACAUCCUUGUCUUGGCACUCCUGAAGAUAUUGUAGCUACUCAUGCACUAGGGUUCCUUAGUGGUAAUAAUUUGAAACCAAAAGAGAGAGUUAAGGCAACUUCUAAAGGAGGAGUGGUUGCUCCUAAUGGGACUGAGAGAGCAGUAGGAAACAGGUUUAAGGAUGAGUCUUGUGAGACUAAGAAGCCGUCUGUUCUGUCCAGAGCCAAGUCAGGUUUGAGUUUGGAUGUAAGAAAAGAUACCUUGGCGAAGUUGAAGACUUCAAAGUCAAUCCCUUCCUCUCCCACAAGCUGUUACUCUCUGCCUACUUCUUUUGCAAAGUUUGCAAAUGGUAUUAAGCAGCAACAAACGGUGAAACCAGAGAAGGGGAGGUUUCUUCUCAAAGUGGAGAGUAGUCCUAGUGUUGGUAAAAAGCUUCCUCUGAUUAAGAACUUCGUCCAAGGGAUUGAGUUUGGAGCUAAAGCGUUGAGGAAAAGCUGGGAAGGGAAUUUAGAUAUCAGAACUUCAGAUAGUUCAAGAGUGAAGCUUACCAAACGUGACACAACUCCUGAUGCUAGGAGUUUAACAGCGCCGCGGAAAAGCACAUCUAGUGAGAAGCUGCCAAGUAAACAGGAAAGAGCCAACGCAUUUGCAAAAUCAACAAAGGAGAAUGGUAAGAUCCAAUCAACCAAGAAGGUGGAGACAGCAGGAAUAGUGGAGACCAAAGAUAAAACGAGUAAGCCUAAGUCUACAUCCAUAGACAAGAAAACUACUUCAGAGAAUGGAUUGCCUGGGAAUUUAGUCAAAGUUCCUGUUAAUAGUAAAAGAUUAGCGUCUGCUUGUAUUCGAUGGAGUUCACUCCCUUCAUCUCUUUCAAGGCUAGGACAGGAAGUCUUGAGGCAUAGAGAUGCUGCUCAAGCUGUUGCAAUAGAGGCUAUGCAAGAAGCUUCUGCCUCCGAGAGCCUACUUCAAUGCCUCAUUAUGUACAACGAUCUUAUGUCAACGGCUAAGGAAGAUGAUCCGUUACCGGUUGUCGAGCAGUUCUUGAAGCUUCAUUCUAGUUUGAAGAACGUUCAGAUAGUAACCGAGUCAUUGUCUAGAUUAGUGUCUUCAACAUCUUCUCCAGAACAUGAAGAAAAUAGAUCUGAGGAAGCUAUAAAAGCUGCUUUGGAGAAGCAGAAACUUGCAGCCUCUUGGGUCCAAGCUGCGUUAGUCACUAACUUAUCUUCCUUCUCUGUCUACUCCAGCAAACCAGCCGUAUCCAAGAGCAAACCAGUGAUCAUAAUCGAGAGCCAGGGCAAUAACACAGCCAGUAAAACCCGUGGAAGUGUUCAAACUCGGCAAACUGUUGGAUCUAAACUUGUGGCACAAGGCAUGAUACGUAAACACAGAGAGAACAGUAGCAGCCAAAAGACCACCACGUUAGCAGGAGGAUCAGAGUCUCCACCUCUAAACUGGGUGAAAGGAAAUGGUCUGAACGAGGCAAAUGAUCUGGUAGAGAAGUUGCAAAUGGUGUCUCAAGAUUGGUUCUUAGGUUUCGUAGAGAGAUUCUUGGACGCAGAUGUUGUGGAUACAUCUUUGAACCUGUCUGAUAACGGGCAGAUAGCUGGGAUGCUGUCUCAACUCAAGAGUGUGAAUGAUUGGUUAGACGAGAUAGGGUCAAAAGAAGAUGGAGAAGGGUUACAAGAAGUGUCAAAGGAAACGAUUGAUGGAUUAAGGAAGAAGAUAUACGAGUAUCUUCUGACGCAUGUGGAGUCAGCAGCUGCAGCACUUGGAGGUGGUGUUGGCACAGUUGAAACCAAAGCAAAGAGAUAGAUGAUGAAAGCUUCUACUUGUUUGUAUAUAUGAAAAUUGGCGGUCAAGAAAGCUUACCUACGUGAUAUGUUGGUAUUAUUCUUUUAUUCAGAUACACUUACAGUAAAGAGAGACGAGCCUCUUGGCUCAAAAGAUUUUCAAUAUAUUCUUUCAAACUCAGAAUGUGUUUUGUUUCCUUUUGUAAUUAAAAGAACUUAUAAAGGUCUUAAGAGAAUGAUAAUAACUUGGAACAUGCAGGCUCCUUCAGAUUAGUAAAUGAAAGCAUAUCAUCAUCAUCAUUAUUCAUUACCAUAUGUCUAUUUGUGUCCAACUAACACCCCAAAGCUAUACAGAGUCUAUAACAAUCGAUCUUUAAAGUGCCUGGAGAAAAUCAUCAUCAUGCUCUCUCCCACAAAACAAAAACAAAACGAAUCCUUAUUUUCUGACUGCACACUUGCUAAUGAGAUAUUAAAGAUAUGGUGUAGAGAGAGAGAGAGAGACCGAGCAGUCAAGUGCGCAGACUAUACCCGAUCACAAUGUUGAUGAACGCAACUACGCAUACAAAC